GCCACAGUGGGAACUCCCCAGGCGCUUGUUAAGUGCUUCACUGCCUUGUUAGUUAAUUUCCACAAGCACAGGAAGUAGGUACUGCUCCUAUUCUCCUAUGGGGAGGAAACAGAUUUAGAGGUUUAGGGACUUAUUCAAGGUCAUUUGGUAAGAAGGUGGCAGAGUGGGUUCCGACCACAAUGACUCCUGGUGAGAAGGGUAUUGUCUGGGGAGCCACAGCUGGAAGACGUCCUCAGAAGGGGCGGCGAUCACGGAGGGGAGCCCAGGACAGGGCGCCCCAGGCAGGGUUUCCGAGAGGUCUUGGGUCAGCCUCAGUGUGAUGUUUACCCUUCUCUUUCUAGACCAUAAGGCUCCGUUCCGAGUUACAGACAACGUGGAUUCAAAGGGAGGUUUGACAGUGAAAUUACCUGAAAACAUGAUGUUUGAAGUGGCCACCUACAGGUCCAGGAAGCACAGCGUCGAGGUCUUGGGGACCCGGAUACCCAGGCAACUCCUGGCUGCCCUUGAGAACACCUCCUGCUCCACUCCAGGACUAUGCCAAUCUGUGGCCAUGCUCCCACCAGCUGGUCACCUCCUGUCCCUGCUGCUGGUGAUAGGCACAGGGGGCAGUGUGCCCAGCCACCCAGCAUCUCCCCAAGGCUGCUACGUGGCAGAGGAGGCUGGGGAGCGGACAUUCCGCUGUAGCCAGGCGGGCCUGAGCGCCGUGCCCACCGGCAUCCCCAACGACACCCGCAAGCUCUACCUGGAUGCCAACCAGCUGGUGACAGUGCCCGCGGGCGCCUUUCAGCACCUUCCUGUCCUGGAGGAGCUGGAUCUGUCCCAUAACAUCCUAGCCCACCUCUCGGGAGCCGCUUUCCAGGGCCUGGCAGGCACGCUGCGCCACCUCGACCUCUCUGCCAACCAGCUGGCCUCGGUGCCCGUGGAAGCCUUCAUGGGGCUGCAGAUCCAAGUGAACCUGUCUGCCAACCCAUGGCGCUGUGACUGUGCCCUCCAGGAGGUGCUCAGGCAGGUGAGGCUGGCACCAGGCACUGGGACGGGCAUCGUGUGUGGCCCAGGAGCCCGACCAGACCUCGUGGGCCAGGAGUUCCUGCCACUGGCAGGGGAGGAAGAGCUGUGUGGGGCGGGGCGGGGUGGGGCCCAGAGGAGCACCGACGUGGCCCUCCUGGUCACCAUGGGGGGCUGGCUGGUGCUCGUGGUGGCUUAUCUGGUCCACUACGUGUGGCAGAACCGAGAUGAGAGCCGCCGUCCUCUCAAGCGGGUCCGCAUGCUGCCUGUGCGCUCUGAGGACUCCUCCAUCCUCAGCACAGUAGUCUGAUGACCAAGGCCACCCCUCUGGCCCCGUGCCCUUUGCCCUCUCCUCCCUUCGACCCCUCCCCCCUCCUCUGCAGCCCCUUCCCAUCCCCCAAGGCCAUCCCUCUUCUCCCUCUGUCUCCUGGAAAGGUCUGCUCUCUCUCACACCACCAACACCAUCUUUGGUGCCUACUCUGGGCUGGGAUUGUGCUAGACUCAGAUGCCCAGAGCCAAGUCGGGGGACAGGGGACGACAGAACAGAGAACGGCCGCAGGCAGGGUGUGUGCCAACUCAGAGGAGGAGCGGGCAGCUUGAGAGCGUAGCAGAGGUAAUCUCAAAGCUCUACUUAUGGAUGUUUGAUCUGACUCUUCAAGAAUGAGGAGACCCAGGAGGUCCUGUCAUGGCUCAGUGGUUA